CUUCUAGCUCCAAUGUUCUUGUAACUCAGUUGCAUCUUCUAGGUUUGUAGACUCCCCUGUCCCCAGUACUCACAGGUCGGAUCUUGUUGUUAAUCGGCAUGGUUGGGAUAUCACGGUUCUCUUAAACUCUUCCAGAUACGUAUUUGAUAGCAGGCUUUAAAAUAAGGGAUAAUGAAUGCCCAAAAGCAAAAGACGCUUCACUUAAGUCAAAGUUUGAAAUCUUCUACGUCGAUCCAAUGUUUGACUUGAAGAAUAUUACUUUCAACGUGAUAAGAGACGAAUGCAAAUUCAACUUUACCUUCACAUUUGGUCCCAACAUCACGAUGUAUAACAUCAGUGAAGUGUUUAAAGAUGAACUCAAACGUAUCGAUAAUACCGUUGAUACAAUGGUGUUGACUAAUAUAAUAACAUAUAUUAAUGUUGCUGGUGUUAAGCUCGGAGACCUCAAGGUCCCAGCCGGGGCCUGUAAGAAGAUAUGCUGUGAUGGGGGACCUGGCGGACCAAUCACUCUGAACAGAACUUGUGAGCCUCCCGGAUCCCCCAUAUGUAGAAUUUACAAACUCGAGAGAGUGGAGCCAAAAUGCAUGGCUAUUUGCUCCCAAGAGUGUUCAGGGGUGACUUUGCGCAAGAUCUCUCUUCUUGUUCUGCUGCUUGGCGUAUUUAUGAAUUGGUUUCUGAAGUAAAACACCAGUAGCAAAUAGAGGCGCAAAAAGCCUGAAGAGGGAACCGUUGAAUAGUACAUAAGAAAGCUUUUUCGCUAUUUAUCAUGUAUAACUUAUAAGAAUACCGAUCGACGCUGAAGUUCGUAAAAGCUAGGAGUCGUUUAAACCUAUUUCAACAAACGUUGUCGGCCGGAGAUCAAAAAUGGGCGAUCUGCGACUAUUGAUAAAAUACGACAAGUUACAUUUCUAGUCAUGCUUCAUUUUGCAGUCUAAAAGGAAACUGGGUUGUUCGGCUGUGAACAGUGUGCUAUUUGGUCUCUGAUUUCCGACCGACGUUUUUUGAAAUAGGUGUAUGCAAUCCUAAUUUAAGCAAUUUAUUUAUACUCGGUUCUUAUAUCCACUUUUUUUCUUUUUGUUUUUUGUUUUUGCUUUUUGUAGAUUUAAUUGUAAGCUAUUUAUUUGUGUGCAAAUAAAAUCAAUUUGAGUUUGCUACAA